AUGGGGAAGCAGUGGGUGGAGGAGAGCUUCACGCAGUUCGAGAACGGCAUCAACUGGAGAUCGUACGUGGUUUGCGACGUGGCCUACAACAACGUCAACAACUGGCUGUGGACACCCUUCAUCGAACGAGGACCCGCCAAUCGCAUGUAUAUUGAAGUGAAGUUCUCCAUGAGAGAUUGCUCCCUCUUCCCCGGCACUGCUCUCUCUUGCAAGGAGACCUUCUCGCUGCUCUACUACGAAUUCGACGCUGCCACUAAGGAGCCUCCCUUCUGGGAGCCGGAGAGCUACAAGUUGAUUGACCGUAUCGCCGCAGAUGAGGGAAGGUUCACUAAUUCUGCUGACAUCAUUAUCAACGCUGAGGUUCGCUCCAUCCCCGUCACCAAGAAGGGCGUGUACUUCGCCUUCAGGGACCAGGGCGCCUGUAUUUCCCUCCUGGCUAUCAAGGUGUACUACAUCACCUGCCCGGAGACCACCAAGUCCUUCACACACUUCCCUACCACGCCCACGGGGGCGGAGGUAACGAGCAUCGAGCAGGCUUCAGGCGUGUGCGUGGCCCACGCCCGCGAGGAGAGCGCCCCGUCCUUCCUGUGUACGGGUGAUGGACAGUGGUCGCUGCUCAACGGUGGUUGUGCCUGUCUACCAGGCUACCAGGCCAAUGUUGACAAGCAGAGCUGUGACGUGUGUCCACCGCUGAAGUACAAGGACAGUGUUGGAGCAGCUGAGUGUAGAGCUUGUCCUGAACACAGUGCUGCACCCCAUGCUGGAGCCUCCGAGUGUAGGUGUGAUACUGGCUACUACCGUGCCCCCAAGGAUCCCCGCGCCAUGCCAUGCACCCGUCCUCCAAGCAAGCCUCAGAACAUAACCGUGAAUUUUGUGGACCAAGCCACGGUGAUCCUUGCUUGGCAUCCUCCCACAAAUGAUGGCGGACGUAGCGACACCUUGUACCGAGUUAUUUGUGAUGCAUGCGGUAGUCAUGUUUCAUACAGUCCACCACAGGUAGCUGAUGAGAGUUUCAAUGCCACUCAAGUGACUAUCAGUGGUCUGAAUCCUGUUACAACAUACAGGUUUCAGGUGUUUGCUGAAAAUGGAGUUUCAGACCAAGCACGAGAUCCUCAGUAUGUUGACAUUACAGUUACCACAGAGGCUUCAGGUGGCUUUAUGGUGCUUGGCUCCGAUGCUGAGGUGCCAUCCAUGGUGAGCAACGUUCGUGUUACAAGCGUCAAGAGCACUGAGAUCUCUCUAGCAUGGGAUGCUCCCAGUGAUCCUUUCUCUGAUAUUGAAAUGUAUGAGGUACGAUAUUAUGUUCGAGGCCUUCAGAACAACUCAUCUAGCAUCCUAACUAAGAAGGAAGAAUCUUCCUUGGUGUCUCUCCGCCAGAGGACAGACUAUGGUUUUCAGGUCCGUGCCAAAACUACUCAUGGCUGGGGUGAAUACUCAUCCCCUGUGUAUAAGAAGACAGGACAGCUCCUAGGAACUGCUUAUGUUGGAGAUGAAGACAACACACAAGUUCGUAUCAUUGUUGGAGCCACAGUGGGAGCAUUUGUUGUAAUAGCUGUUAUUGUUAUCAUGACACUUCUCUUCUUGAGGAGCAGAGGCACAGAUGAAUGCAACAAAAAGCAGCCAUCAGAUUGUGACACAUUAGAAUAUCGCAAUGGUGAAGAUACCACCAACUUGUGUCAUCCUGCGUUACACCCUGCCUGCUUUAGAACUGGGCAUCUCACCCCGUGGACCCUAAACACAUCUCCUGUGUACAUGCACGGUGUUUUGGAAAACCCACCUAUAGUGCAAACCCACACCACCGGAAGUAUGACAACACCACUGUUUACACAAGUUGGUCACCAUCGAACUUAUAUAGAUCCUCACACUUAUGAAGACCCCAACCAAGCCAUCAGGGAGUUUGCAAGGGAAAUUGAUGCCUCCUACAUAACUAUUGAAGCUAUAAUUGGUGGUGGCGAGUUUGGUGAUGUUUGCAAGGGUAAACUCCAACUUCCCAGUAGACCAGAAAUGACAGUGGCCAUCAAAACUCUUAAG